AUGUCUUCCGCAUUGCCUCUCUCCACAAAGAUUGCUCACGUCGUGGCGAUUGAAGCCGGCGCGGAGAAAGCCUUUGUAAAGCCCGACCCCCAUCUCGAGCAUGCCCUUUCCAACACUGCCAAGAACGGCAUGCCGUCCAUCCAAGUAUCCCCUUUACAGGGCCAGCUUCUUGCCAUCCAGGCUCGUUUUAUCGGCGCCAAGACGGUCCUGGAGAUUGGUGCCCUCGGCGGCUACUCCACCAUCUGCCUCGCCAAGACGGGCGCCAAAGUGACGAGCAUCGAGAUUGACCCCAAGCACCGUGACAUCGCGAGCGAGAAUCUGCGCGCUGCUGGAAUCGAGCCCGACAUCAUCCUAGGCGACGCGCGAAGCGUGCUGCCCGAGCUUGUGCGCGAGGGGAGGGUGUUUGACAUGGUUUUCAUCGACGCCGACUGGGGCCAGCAUGCCGACUACUUUGACUGGGCCGUCAAGCUGACACGCAAGAAUGGAUGCAUCUUUAUCGACAAUGUCGUGCAGGAAAUCAUCACCUGCCACGAUGGUAGUGUUGGAAAGGGCACAUUGGUGGAGAGGGUUGGCGCGGAAAAAAAGGUGACGGCGACGCUGGUGCCAAAGAUUACAGGAAAGGAGGGUGUGACGGAUAACGCGUUUAUUGAUGGGUUCCUGAUAGCGAUUAUAAACUAG